AUGCCCUCUAGCUUUGCAGAUUUAGUAUUUGCAGGCGAGAGGAUUGAAAAAGGCCUGAAAAGAGGGAAGUUCAUUUAUGUUACUCCGGCCGAUACGAGUAAUAGAAGAUUCAAAGCAACUAGGGCAAAGAAAAAGGAAGGGGAUGCCCACGCUGUGACUUCAGCUCCUACUUGGUCGAAACCCCAGCAUACCCCUCACAAUACUUACCAAUAUGCCCAACAUCAACCAAGCUUUUUGACCCGCAUCGGAAACCCUUCCAGUCCAGCGCCCGUCCAACAAAGGGCACCCGCUCAACCACAAAGGGCCCCCACUCAAAACUCGGCUCCUACACAACCUCGCCCCGCCGGUAGCUCCAAUCCGAGCACAAGCGCCAACCCGGGAAGGAAUUUUCCGGUAAAGAAACCUAUGGAAUUCGCUUCCAUCCCAAUGUCGUAUGCAGACAUGCUACCCUCUUUGAUCGCCAACCAAAUGGCGGUGGUAUCCGCUGGAAGAUUUUCCAGUCUCUUUUCCCUCGAUGGUACAACCCCAACACAACCUGCACCUAUCAUGGGGGUGUGUCCCAGGACACUCGAUAGAACAAUGAGGUUUAUACUGGAGGCUCUGUGCGAGGCGGGCAUCAUUUGCUUCGAUGGGGGCAAGGAGGAUACCUACUUAAUACACCCAGGGGCAGCAUAUGACAUAAAGGCAUGCCCUGUGGUAGAGGUUUUGCUACAAAGGAUAAUGGAUCAAGGUCGGUUUGAAAUUGGUGAUGCAAGCGAGGGGGAGCAACAUGUGUGCAUGCAAUCGAUGGACAAAAGCUCGAGCAAGCCCAAACCAUUGGUGAUCCACUUCACCAAAUAUGCUGCCACCCAAAAGCCCCGGGGCUUCCAGCCUACCUCGGGUAAGAAGCCUGUCCCUUUCUCUUACAGGAGUGACAAGGCAGUCCCAUGGAAGUACGCCCCUCAAAAACCCGAUGGAAGGAAGGACGAGCCCAUUGGAGAUGACGAAUCCUCUGCCAAAGUUACUAACAUCUCUGGCACGAGCGGUAUGACCCGUAACGGGCGAAUCUUUGCGACACUCGACUCGUUGGUGCAAUCCAAGGACACAAAAGGAAAGGCAAAGGUGGGCAUGGAAGAAAGAGACAAGGCAAGCCCAAUUCAUGAUGAGGAGAUCCCGACUAGGAGAUUUGCUAAGGGAGAGGAAGACUUCGGCAGAAAAAAGAUAUCCGCUGAAGUUGCAAAUGAGUUCCUUCGGAUCAUCCAGCAAUGUGAGUUCAAAGUGAUUGAGCAACUCAAUAAGACCCCAACUAGGGUCUCCCUGUUGGAACUACUCAUUAACUUGGAGCCUCAUCGAGCGCUUCUAGUAAAAAUCUUGAAUGAAGCCCAUGUAGCCAAAGACAUCUCUGUCGAGGGCUUCGGGGGCAUCAUCAAAAAUAUUACCGCCAACAAUUACCUCACCUUUGCCGAUGAGGAGAUACCUAUCGAGGGUCGGGGACAUAAUAGGGCCUUACAUGUGUUCGUCAAGUGUUUGGACCACAUCGUGGUCAAGGUUCUUAUCGACAAGGGAUCAUCGCUAAAUGUCAUGCCCAAGAGCACAUCGGACAGACUGCCUUUCAACGCGUCACACUUGAGGCCGAGCUCCAUGGUGGUGCGGGCUUUUGACGGUAUCUGCUGGGACGUAAGAGGGGAGAUUGAUCUCCUAAUUCAGAUUGGACCGCACAUCUGUCAGAUCACUUUCCAAGUGAUGGAUAUCAACCCGGCCUAUAGCUGCCUUUUAGGCCGACCUUGGAUUCACUCAAUUAGGGUAGUCCCUUCAACGCUCCACCAAAGGUUGAAGUUUAUGGUGGAAGGGCAGUUAAUCAUAGUCUCCGAGGAGGAAGACAUUCUUGUAAGUUAUCCUUCUUCUACACCAUAUGUGGAAGCCGCAGAAGAAUCCUUAGAGAUAUCCUUCCAAGCUUUGGAAGUGGUAAGCAAUGCUUAUGUCGAGUCUCUCCUAGUGCAACCACGCUCAUCCAGUGCUGCAUUGAUGGUAGCUCGUGUGAUGUUAAGGCAUGGGUACGAGCCUGGAAGGGGUUUAGGUUGGAACGGUGACGGUGCGACAAGCUUGGUGGAGUUUAAAGAAAACCGUGGAAGGUUCGAGCUAGGAUAUAAGCCCACACAUGCCGACAUAAGGAAAAGCACCCUAAAAAGAAGGGACCGAAGCAUGCGCCCGCAGCAAGAACCGCAAGUGGAAGGGACUUCCUUAUGUCAUAUCAUUUAA